AAACUUAAAAAACAAAGAUGGAAAAUUUACCAAUUAAUGUCAGAAUGGCAUUUGAGAAAUAUAUCUUGGGACACAAGAAAGAAGCAUUUGAAUUACUCGAGCCAGGCACAAAGUUCCACUCGCUUCUAUGCAUUAUUGAGUCGAUUAAAGCUAGUGAUGGGAAAGUUACUAAAAGAACAAAGGAUAUGCUUUUUGCAUUCAAGAAAAAUUGGCCUUGCUUUGAGGCAGAUAGAUACCUUUUGCAUAGUAUCCUAAGUGAAUAUGAUAAUGUCGAAUCUAUUCAAGAGAAGAAAGCCUUAAUAAAGUAUUUGGACAAGAUUUACCUUAAAUUUUAAGUAUGACUACUCAAAACCCAGCGAACUCAAAAGCUCCAAAGCCAUAAAAUCUAAAGGAAAGGAAUCAGCUAGCAAAUAAAUCAAUCUACCACCAAGAAAAGAUGUUUAACCUUGAAAACUCCUUACGAAGGGCUUACAAGAAUCCGGAUGUGCUUUUCUCACUCAAGAAAAGCUUGUUAAACAAGGUUGACUAUUCAAAACUUUCUACUAAAAGCUUCCUUACUUUUCUGAACUCUUGUAAAAACAUCUGUGAGAUCACUAAUAAGAGCUUUAUGGCAAAGCUAGUAGGAAUCCUGAAGGUGAUCUACAAAAAUGAUAAGAGCUACACAUUAAGCCUCUCUCUACUCAAUAAGCUGACUUAUCAUCAGUUGGAAGGGCUCUUAUCGAAGUUCCCACAAAUAAGUGAAGAGAAGUGCCUCAUUGGAAAGCUUUUUGAAAAAUAAGUACCAGGAUGAGCUAGAUGAUGAAAACCAGGCAGACAUCACCAAGAAAGAUCGUAGAAAACAGCUCAGAGUUAUGUACGAUGAGUGCACAGACUACCCACAAAGCAUAAAGUCUGCCUUGCUGCUCGAAAUCUUGGAGAAUGGGAUCAAACUGAAUAUUUACUCCAAAGACUACUUCCAGAAAUAUCUGAAGCAUCCUCUGAAAGUUUGGCACCUGAAUCCUGAGAAGGUAGAGGGAGAGUUUUAUGACCAAUCUUGGAACACAUUCAUGUACAACCUGCAAACCAGAAAAGGCGGGAUAUUAAGUCCAGAUCUCGAAGCUAUCUUGUAUAAAUAAAUACCUUGAGCACUUUUACAAAGAUACAGGAAACAUUGACGAAUUUGAAGAAUUUUUUGACCCAAUCUUCUGGCGUAACACAGUCGAGGAAAUAGAACUCCUAUCAGGAAAGAUUCUGGAUGAAGAGAAACUUAAUUCCAAAGAAAUAGAUGAGCUUAGCAAGAAAGUCAUUAUUGAGUUUGAAAGCUCUAAUAAACUAUUAUACAAAGCAGAUGAGAAGGUGAAACUACUUGUUCAUUUGAAAAACACUCCUUCAAUAAGAGUAAAAGUGUAUUCAUUGAGUAAAGUUGACCCUUCUAAGGAAACAAAGUGCAUUAAAGAGAGCGCCUACAACUUCGAGGAGCAUGCUGGACAUAUCAAAUUCAAUCAUAAAUUCGAGUUUCCUGAAUUAGAUAACAAGAGAGGGUUAUUUAUGAUCAAGAUUAUCUCAAACCAAAACUAUUGUCAGACUGUCAUCCAGAAAGGAACUUUAUCAGUAGUCUAUGAGCACCAGACAAUUGGCCAAGUUGCUUAUAUACUAGAUGAGAGCAACAAGGUCUGUAAGAAAGAAAAUACUGGAAUCAAUUUCCAGAACAAGUUCUACCCUGCAGACAUCGAAAACAAGGGUAGGAUAGUCAUUCCAUAUGGGCCAUCUGAAGUGAAAGGGACUGCUAUUUUGAUGAAUCAAGGAUAUUCUGAAAAAUGUAACUUCACUAGCUUCUCUGAAGAUUACUCUAUUAUCGUUGAUUAUAUUCUUCCUCCUGAAAGUUUGCUUGUUACUAACACUGCAUCCCUCAUAAUCAGACCUACUUUGCUGUUGAACAAUAAGAAAAUGAAGUUGGAAAUAUUGAAAUCGACAAAGGUGACGAUUUACAUAACUUCUUACUCUUUCUCAGAUACCACUAAUUAUCAGUACAACAACCUUGAGUUAUCUUCAGACAAGGAUCUUGAGCUAAACUUCACUGUUCCGGCAAGCAUGGAAACCAUGAAGGUAGAAUUUGAAACCUCUGUGUUUAUGAAAUCUCAAAACAAGCCAAAGGUACUAUUUUCAACGCACGAGGUGAAUCUUAAAACAAGUAGUCAGCAGCUAACUUUCUUCGAGUCUCAUCUCAGGAAGAUUAUGGGAAGAUAUAUCUUCUUACUGCUAGGAAAGAAUGGAGAGCCUAUCCCUUACAUUGAUGUAUACUUCACGAUGUCUCAUAUCCUUUACUCAAAUAGUAACACCAGAGCUAACUUGAUCACUAACGAGAAGGGCGAAAUAGACUUAGGCCCACUUGAAGGAAUAGAUAUUGUUAAAAGCUCGAUCUUCCUGAUUAAUUCACCUGUGUUUGGGUACUGGAAGAUCUCAAACUUUGCACAGAGGACUUCCUUUCCUGAGAGAUUUGACAUCCUGCAAGGCGAGGAGCUGGAGUUUCCCUUCCUUAAAGCCCUUGAGAAGUCAGAGUUUAGCCGAAACACCUUCAGUUUAAUGAAGUACAGUUCUAGAGAUUUUGCUAGCAAGAACUGAUUUGAAAUGUGUAAGCUUAUCCCUGCCAAAGGAGGAUCUCCUGAACUCAUAAAGAUCUCGAACUUCAGAGUAGGCCAUUACAGGAUCUGCUUCAAGGAAAUCAACCUAGUAUCCGAUGUUUAUGUUCAUCAAGGAACUUAUUGGAACAAAGAUAAAUCUCAUAUCCUCAAGAAGGGACAAUUAAUUGAACUGAAUUCUACCAAGUCCAUUCCUCAUAUUAAGGUGAAGAAAGCUAAAUUUAACGAAAAAUCCAUGACAGAUGAAUACUCCUUGAAGCUAGUCAACUCUAUCGGGAAUGUGAGAGUUCAUAUCAUGGCAAGAAACUUCAUAUCUUCUAACGAUUUUGGAGAAUUUUGGAAAAUAAGAAAUACAUUUGAAAAAUGACGUGAAUCUAAGAACUUCCAACUCUCUAGGUGCAAGACGACUUACAUUAGCAACAAGAAAAUUGAACCCAAGAUUAAAUCUACCUACGAGAGAAAGAGACUUCGCAAGAAGAACCUCCCUCUUGAGCCAGGAAGUAGUUGCUUCUCAGCUGAAGGAAAUAAAGCAGAGAUAGAAGGAAAUGUACUUGCUAACCCACAAAUUCUUAUUAAGAGGACCAAGAUCAGAGAGACUCAUUUUGAUGAUCAACUUAUAUCUUUAGGAGUAGCUCAAAAGGCAAGGAAGAAUAUAAAGCUUUCAAAACAAGGAUCAAAAUCAGAUCUUACUUCUCAAAUUUCGUACAGUGCUCCAAGUGAAAUAGCUCAUGACAUAAAUAGUCUUAAAGUUGAUACCAAAAUAUCUAUUAAUCCAGAAAACUUCCAGCAUAAUUCCUUCGUGAAUUUCUUGAUGUUCCCUUCACUGAUAAAGACUAACCUAAUUCCUGAUGAUGAUGGAAAUAUAAACUUUUGUCUUGAUUCACACAGGUAUGCUAAUAUCUAUGUGAUUGUAAUCGAUGACUACAAUGUCACCCUGAUGCAGCUGAGCACAUCCUCCAUUCCUGAGCAGAUCUGGAGUAAAAACAUUGCUUUACAAAAAUCACUUGAUACGAAGGCCUACUUCAACGAGGGGAGAAAGAUCACUAAGCUGACUAAAGGUUCAAAGCACGAGAUCAAAGACCUGACUUCACUCAAGUUUAGGAUCGUCGACAAUCUUGAGAAAGUUAAAAAUAUCCAGCUCAAGAUCUCUAGUUUGGAUGGAUGUAACAUCGACAAAGACCUGCUGUUCCUUGUUAAUUGGAACAAAUGCACAGAAACAGAGAAAUUGGUGUUGUAUAACAAGUUCUUCUCUCACGAAGUUAACAUUUUCCUCUAUUUCAAGGACAAGACUUUCUUCAACAAAGUCAUCAAAGGAUUCCUCAGGAACAAGCACGAGAAGUCGCUCAUAGAUCAUUGGUUGCUCGGAGACUACGAGAAGAUUGUCAAGUAUAACCAAGUUGAGUAUUUUGAAAACCUAAACUGAGUUGAAAAGAUCUUGAUUAUUUACAUCGUAGCUCAAACGGAUCAAGAUACAGCCAAAACUCUGGCGAAGAGAAUCGAGAUGAGUUCUUCCCUAACCCAAGAGAGUAAGAACUACAAUAACAUCUGUUUUGACGCUGUGUUCAAGUCUGAACAAAGCAGAUCCGAGAAUCUCGAGCAAUCUGGAACAAAGAUGGCUGACAACAAAAAGUUUGACCUACCCCAACCUGAAUUUAAGGAGCUCGUUCAAGAUAAGAUGCCAGAAGCCCAUUCAGAAGUAAUCUCGGAGGGUCCUGGUAGAUCUUCAUUUGAAGAAUAUCGCUUAUCUAACCCCCAUAUGAAAAGAGACCCAGAGUUCCAAGAUAAGGAGGAAAUCAAGGAAGAAGAAGAAAAAUUAGAUGUUUACCCCUCAGAAUACUGUGAAACCCAUUAUUACGGAAAAAUAUCCGUUCUGAAGCCCAAUUUGAUAUUUGAGAAUAAAUAUUGGGUAGACCUUGCUAACCACAUAUCAGAGAAAAAAUGAUUUGAAGGAUUUCUGAGUGAAAAUUUCAUCCUUGUCUCUUCAAAUAUUUCUGAGAUGAUCUUUAGUAUGGCUUUCUUGAGACUACCUUUCAACUCAGCAAACCAUGCGAUAAUAUCCAAUGACGAUAAAGGAAUCAAGAUAAAGUCAGGAAGCAACAUUAUGAUCUUCAAGAGAGAGAUUCUGAAAGCACAGGCCAAGCUUAUCCAUACAGUCAAUGUAUUCCAUAAAUAUUAUGAGUAUGGAGCUGAAGACGAUGAGAAGAUAAUCCCUGAAUACCUCACCCACACGAUUUACUGUUGAGAAGUUGUUAUAACCAACAUAUCAAACUAUAGUAAGAACUUUGAGGCUCUUUGGCAAGUUCCAGAAGGAUCUAUUCCUUUACAAAAAGGGAACUAUCAGAAUAUUAUCAACUUAAAUCUGGAGCCAUACAACACCUGCAGGAUACCUUUCUACUUCUAUUUCCCAAUGGAGGGGAAGUUCACCCAAUUUCCAACGAACUUGUCAAUUAUGAACAAAGUUGUGGCUGUUUCUCCUAUACACAAGUUCACAGUGGUCAAUAGCACAGUCCAUAUCCCAACAAAUACGUUUAAGGAUAUCCUAGCAAGAGGAAAAUUGCCUGCAAUAUAUGAUUUCAUAAAGAAAUCCAACCUGUUCGACGAGGAAAAUACCUUCUCAUUCAACCUGAUUCUCUGGAUGCUAAAGGACAAGGACAUUUUUAUCAACAUUGUUGGGAUUUUAAGAGAAAGAAGGAUCUUCAGCGAGCAGGUCUGGAAAUUCGGGUUCUAUCAUUUCGACGAAUCCUGCAUUAAAGAAUACAUUACAAAGUCUGAAAAGCUCUCAAACCUUAUUGGAAGCAAUUUUAAGUGAAGCUUAUAUAGCAAUUAUUACACGACCUAUAUGCCAAGACAUCUUGAGUAUUAUCCAAUGAUAAAUGGCAAAGUUUAUCAUCUAAUGCAUGGAUCUCAUUCAACAAUGGAAAAUAUUGAACUCCAAAGACAAUAUUCAGCCUUCCUGAUGGAUAAGAUUGAGAAAGUAAAGCUAUCAAGCCAUGAUGUGCUGUUUUAUUGCUACUUCUUGAUAUUGCAGGAUAGAAUUACAGAGACAAUAGAGAUAUUCAGAAAUCUCACACCUGACUAUCUUCCUGAAGACGGUACUCACACUCUACAAUAUGAUUAUAUGAUUGCUUUCCUUGAUUUUUACACCGGUGAACCUUCAAACUAUCAAAAAGCACGUAAAAUUGCUGAAAAAUACAGGGAAUACCCAGUUCUAAGCUGGAGAAACCUCUUCCUACAGCUCAAAAUUCAGCUAGACGAAUAUGACUGCAACCACCUCUUAUUUGAAGAAGAUCAAUCUAGAAAGAAGAAGCCAGCCAAACCAAAAUCAAGGGUCUCACAUAGCCCUCAUAACUCGGCUAAAUUAUAAAGUUUCAGCUCUAAGAA